AAAUGAGCUAAUAUUUGCAAAAAAAAAGUUUCUCAGAUCCAACAUCAAAUAUCUUGUCUUUGCAGUCUAUUCAAUUGAAUAUAAGUUAAAAAGGAUUUACAAAUCAUUGUAUUCUGUUUUUAUUUACCAUUUACACAACGUGCUACUUCACUGGUUUGGGGUUUUGUACAUGUUGACAGUACAUUGCAGUGUUAUUUUGUUACAGCCGUGCCCACUGUGUGAAGUACUUUUGCAAGACUCCUAGCAAUAAUAUUACACUUCACCAAAGAGCCUGCUGUAAAAGAAAUGACCAUUGAAUGAAGAUACAUACUCAGGUCACCGUGAUCUGAAAAGGAGAGUGAAGAAUGUUUUUGUAUUCCCCAGAUUCUAAUCAUCUUGGAUGAAUAAACAAGCAAUUCCUAAUUUCACUUGGAAAUGUGUUUACUAUAAAAGUGUAGCACUGUUUCCACACAAAAUACCUUCUGUUUUUGAAAAGAUGCCCAUGUGUGUCUUCCAGGUUGAACAUUCCACCCUUUGUGCCUGCCCGGACUGUGCUGGAAGGCCUCGAGUCAGAGGAUGCGUGUGAAGACAAGAAAGCUGUAAAAAAGGAGAUCCAUAGCAAAAAGGGAGCCAAAAAGGACAAAAUGGAAGAGGAGAAUACAGACCUGCUCAGACUUUGCCACACAGUACCGCUGGAGGUGGUGAACUUAGGUGGGAAAGGUUACGAUCCAGAGAAGAAAGACUACUCAGGUUUUGAGGCCUGGUUGCAGUGUUACUAUGUGGAUGGAAUGAAGUCUGUACGCGACCACAAUGGCAGGACUAUGUGGUUCAAAGGCGAUCCAGGUCCUAUGGCUCCUAAAGAAUCAAAGUCUCCAAAGGCCAAAAAGAGAAAAGAUACAGAUGCAGACCAUGAUUACCCCCGCAAGAAAAAGGUGUCCAGGAAACACAACUCUGACAGCACAGUGAAGAAAAAAGCAGCCAAAAAGCCCACAAAAGCAGCAAAGGAAGAAGAAAAUGGACCUCAAGAAGAAGCCACACCCAGAAGAAGAUCAGCAAACACACCUCAGCAAGAACCGAAAUCCACGUCAGGCAGGAGGAAAAAGAACAAUACAGAGCCAGCUGCAGGUCUGAUUCUAAUAAUACUCCCAUUUUCUGAAAAUAUUAAGAGCCUGAUCUUUGAGGAUCCAAUUCCCACACACUUAUCUGUGUGCGCAAACUAUAAAAUUGCAUGUACUGUUGGUGGACGUGUUGUAUGUGAUCUACUUUGUGCAAUUGAUAGCAGCAAAAGUGGCACAGAUCACCCUAUUUUUGUGUACUAGAAGCAUUAUGUGCCCUUGGAAACACUUCUUUCCCUCUACAUUCAUGUUAUUAUGCUCUCCACACUGGAGGGGGGCUUAUAUUAGAUUAUAGCACAUAUCGAUCAUCUAACACCUUUUCUACAAUAUAGAAUCACAGUAUGUAUACUAUUUGCAGCAGGAAUGAUCAAACUGCAUAUUGCAAGACAUUUUUUUUAGGAGUUAUACUAAAUACAAAAAAAAAAAACGCAACGCUUUUGUUCUUGUUCCCAAUUUAAAUGAACUCAAAGAUCGAAAACUUUGACUAUAAACACAAAAUACCUGUUCCUCUCAAAUAUUGUUCACAAAUCUGUAUACAUUUGUUAGUGAGCAUUUUUUCUUUGCCAAGAUAAUCCAUCCCACCUGACAGGUGUGCCUUGAGCUGUCCAAAAUAAAAGGCCACUGUGAAAUGUGCAGUUUUAUCACACAACACAAUGCUUCAGAUGUCGCAAGUUUUGAGGGAGCGUGCAGUAGGCAUGCUGACUGCAGCAAUGUCCACCAGAGCUGUUGCCCGUCAAUUAAAUGUUUAUUUCUCCGCCUUAAGAAUAGAAUAGAAUAGAAAGUACUUUAUUGAUCCCUGGGGGAAAUUCAGCACCACAGUUCGCUCACAAUAAACAAUGAUAAUAAUAAAUAAUAUAAUAUAUAUGAAUAAUAUAAAUAUAUUCUACAUUUAAGUGCAGUCAAGGAACAUAUGCAUUAUACAGUCUGAUGGCUGUCGGUGUGAAGGACCUCCUGUGUCGUUCCGUGUUGCAUUUUGGGAGUCUGAGCCUUCCACUGAAGGUGCUCAUUCUCUCUGCAAGGUCCGAGUGUAGUGGGUGGGAGGUGUUGUCCAUAAUGGCUAGGAGUUUUGCUAGACUUCUCUCUGACACCACCGCCAGAGAGUCCAGCUCCACUCCCAUCUUGUUACUGGCCUUCUCUACCAACUUGUCCAGUCUGUAUGUGUCCCUCACUCUCAGCCCACUGCCCCAGCAGGCCACGGCGUACAAGAGGGCGCCUGCCACCAGCGACUCGUAGAACAUCUUCAACAUCUUUGUACAGACGUUGAAGGAUCCUAGCCUCCAAAGGAAAUAUAGAUUCGGCUCUGUCCCUUCUUGUAGAGGGCCUCAGCGUGUUUUGACCCAUUCAGCUUGUUGUCCAUGUGUACUCCGAGGUAUUUAUAAUCCUCUACCAUGUCCACAUCCACCCCCUUGAUGGAAAGAGGGGUCGCCAGAGUACUCCUCCUCCUUCCCAGGUCCACAACCAGCUCCUUGGUCUCCGUAACAUUGAGCUGGAGGUGGUUCUUUCCACACCAUGUGACAAAGUCCUCCACCAGUGUCCUGUAUUCCUCGUCAUCACCUUCCUCAAUACACCCCACUAUCGCAGAGUCAUCAGAAAACUUCUGAAGGUGGCAGGACUCUGACUGAUAGUGGAAAUGGGUGGUGUAAAUGGUGUAGAGGAAGGGGGAAGAGUACUGUAGCCUCCGGGGCCCCGGUGUUGCUGACCAGCCUGUCAGACACACAGUCCUGCAGUCGCAUAUACUGUGGUCUGUCAGUCAGGUAAUCUACAACCCAGGACACCAAGGGGGCCUCCACCUGCAUCUUCUCCAACUUCACACCCAGUAGCCCAGGCCGUUUAGUAUAAGCCGCCUCCAAAGGUGUUUCAGAGAAUUUGGCAAUACAUCCAACUGGCCUCACAGCCGCAGACCAUAUUGAUUGGCUGAGACCUGCCACCCGGACAGCUGCUACAACAAUUGGUUUGCUUAACCAUAGCAUUUCUGCACAAACUGUAAGAAACUACCAUGAAUUGAUUAACGUGGACCCCGACUUAAACAAGUUGAAAAACAUAUUGGGGUGUUACCAAUUAGUGGUCAAUUGUACGGAAUAUGUACUGAACUGUGCAAUCUACUAAUAAAAGUAUCAAUCAAUCAA